AUGAAGUUAAGCAACUAUGAAAGUAACACUUGCAGUUUUCAGUUUUUCCUUCCAUUUUUUGUGAAACUAGACCUAGUAAGUGCAUAUCUUAACAGACCAGCUAUAAUAUUUUUUGAUGAAUUAGAUGCUGUGGCACCCAUACGAUCUAAGCGACAGGACCAUGUCCAUGCUAGUGUGGUUUCAACUUUGCUGACAUUAAUGGAUGGCCUGAAGUCCCCCCAAGAUGUUGUUGUGAUUGGAGCAACAAACAGACUUGAUGAGAUUGAUCCAGCUCUCAGGCGACCUGGGAGAUUUGAUAAAGAACUUUUCUUCCCCCCUCCUGACUUAGAGGCUAGAAGAACAAUUUUAAACAUCCACACAAGACACUGGCACACUGAUACUAGCACCGAGUUUAUGGAUCGCCUAGCCGAGAAUACAGCUGGAUACUGUGGUGCUGAUCUAGAAGCACUUUGCACAGAAGCUCUUAUGUGUGCAAUGAAACGCAGCAUCUCUUCAGAGCAAAGUACAGCAAAAAGUUUAAUGGUUCAUGAAGAUGAUUUCAUUGCAGCCAAAUCAAAAUUUGUGCCUGCUUAUCUUCGGUCAUCCAUUUCACCAGCUUGUUCAUUGUCAGAAGUAAUUUGCCCAUUACUACAGAAAAGAGUUGAAAGUCUCAUGCAGCAACUGGAGAAGAACUAUUCAUUCAAAUUCGUAUUUCCAAAGCAGAGUUUCUUCCCAUUUAUUACUAUUGUCAGAAAUUUAUUAUUAUUCCUUUGUCCUUAUGUGCUACAAAAUGUUGAUUCUAAUUCUUUCUCAGCGUCUUGUGCGUGUGUAUCAGCCAGGAUAGAGAAUAACUUUCAGUUCAUUUUUUACUUUUGGAACAACUUACAUAAUUACCAGAAAAGUACCUACACAAAGUGUUGUAAGUCAGCAUUUUCCACAACACAAAUGUUAUUAAGCACAAAUUAUUUACAGAUAAAUAUCACAGAAGUGCAGGAGAGCACUGUUUGUAAGUUCAACUGGGAAGCACUCGUCCACAAACCAUGCUCUCGAUACAUCCAUAUGCCACCAGUUCAUUCACUGAAAACACAACUAUGGGUCACGCAGUGA